AGAUCCAAUCAUGAGCUCCGUCGAACUUCCACAAGUAAUGGAUGAUAAUUUGAUAUCCCGACGCAAGAAAAUCAUGCAAUCCAUCGAGGAUAUUCGUGGCAAAAAGGCUGAAAUCGCGCAAGCUCUCCGCGAAUUAGGAGUCGGAAAGCCACAGGAGAAUGAGUCUGUAAAAGAAGAUAUGAAGCUACUUUUGGCCGCGUUUGACUCGAUUUCGGCACAAGAAGCUCAGUAUAUGGAUAUUUUGAAGACUAUUGUCGGAAUUCACGAACAAGCCACCCUCGAUAUCGCCAAAGAUUUCGAGAAAAAAAUCGAGGACGACGCUCAAAAACUGAAAGAACAGAAGGAGAAACAGGAGGAAGACGCCACGGAAGAAGACGAAAAUGCGGAAAAGACUCCAGAAGAGCAGGCGAACAGUGAGGUUAUCGCUGAGCUUCAGGAAGCGCUGCUCGAGCUAAAACAAGUCUCCGAGGCCGCGGUGGCGGCGUCUGAGCUGAACGAGAAGCUCGUCGAGAGGCUUCAGUUGACGAAGAGGAAGAAGAGCGCUAUGAUGGAGGUUCGCGCCAAAAAGGCAAAGGAUUUGGAUGACGUAGCGACGAAAGUUCGAGCCGAGGUUAUGGAGAGAAUUAAUAAAAUGGCGGCCCUCAAAAAAACGACUACAAAGCAAGAAAAAGAGCUCAAAGAGCUCCAGAAGCAGUGUCUUCAACUAGGACUUCAACUGGGAACUGAUGAGAAUCGAGAAAUCGAUCCGGCAGCAGAAGAAGCUCUUUUAGAUGAUAAUCAACGUGUUCCAGUGAUUGUGGAGACUCAGGAGAAGCCUGAUUUGAAUGAUGAGGAAAAGGAGAAGAGAAGAGAGGAAAUUCGAGAGAAUAUUAAGAAAGAAAUGGAGAAAAAAGAGCAAGUUAAUACAUUGAUUCGCGAGAAGCUCGCGUCUAUGAACGCUCGACGAAAGAGACUUCAAGAGAUUCGCAAAAUGUUGGAGAAACAGGAACACGAGAAGGAGAAACUCGAUGCGGCGAUCAGUAAUUCGGCGGUGGCGGUACAGAAUGAUGGAGAAGGAAUCGCCCUAACUCCCGAAACUCCACGACCAUCCCAAGAAGAUGAAGCUGAAGCCCCAGCAGCAGCUGAAACUACUGUAGUUUCAGCUCCAGUAGCUGCUUCAGAGGAUAUUGAUGAGGAGGAAGACGGAGAAGUUACCGAAAAAUCAUUGGAUGAUAUUUUAGAGAACGCCAGAGCUAAUUUAAGCAAUUUGACGGCAAUGCGGGAACGGCUGGAGCAUAUUAAGGAGACGGGCGGUGCAGAUUUGAAUGAGGAUGAUUUGACACUUUUGGAACGAUUGGAUAAUGUUGCAUUGGAAGAAGAUGAGAAGCUGAAGCUUCCUCCAGCAGCUGCUCCGAGCCUCAACGAGGACUCUGUCGACGACGAAGAUGAAGAAAGUGACAUCGAAUCGGCAGUCCGUGCCACGUUUCACCACGUAAUCCAACAACCUAAGCCCCUGGAACUUGACGAUCGUCAGAAGGAAAUUUUAAACCAGGCACGUCGUGCAGCGAUCGAGGAUUUGAUUCGAGAAAUUGAUAAGAAGCUGCCGACGAGCCCUCGAGCCGACGACUCUCCCACCGGCUCACUUUCCAUAUCACUAUUAUCACUCGAGGCCGGUGAGCUGCGUGAAAUGGCCGGCUAUCUAUUACGGCUCGCCGAGCUUCGAGAACAGACACCAACACCCUAAUCCGCAGAACAACACGACCCUCUCCAUGAACACACUUUUUUUUUCUUAAUUUUUUUUUCUUUCAGCUGAAAUUGUUAAAAUUUUCAGUUUUCACGAACAGCUUUCAUUUUAAAAUGACUUUAUUCCUACUUAUCAUCUGUAUUUAAUUUAAUUUAAUAAAAAAUUUUGAAAAAA